UGACAUAGAAAACUGGCCUGGUCACACAAUAAACCUUUAAAACACAAGUAAGUCUGGAAACACCGGAACAACUCAGUGUGGCAUGCACAUUGAAACUAUCAGCAUCAGCACGCGGUAUACAUGGGAAUCCGGAAUUUCUCCUACAUACGAAGCCACCGAGCAAGUGAACACACGUUGCGUGUUUCGGCAAGGAGGAUAAUGAACCCUGAAACCACAAUGUCCAGAAGGAUGAACUUUGACGACGUGUUGAGACAACUGGGGGAGUUUGGCCCGUACCAGAAAUGGCUGUAUAUACUUCUGUGUCUACCAGCAAUACCCGGGUCUAUCCAAGUCAUACAGGCAGUUAUCUUUUUGUUUGCCGUUCCUGAACACAGGUGCGCUAUUCCGGGACUUGCAAAUGACACCUACGAAAUUCAGAAUGACUUUCACGAACAACUCAUAAACCGCUCCAUUCCCAUGACAUCAGCUUACUAUGGCGAUGAGAAGUAUUCUCGCUGCCAACUGUAUCUACAAACCAAUACCUCCAAUAUCUGGCCUUCUACAAGUAAUAUCACAGAGCCUUGUAAUGCCUGGGUGUACGACCAAUCACAGUUCAUAUCCACGAUUUCAGAGACGCUGGAUUUUGUCUGCGAGAAGAGGUCCUACGUGAGUCAUGCCAAGAUGCUUGGUAUGUUUGGGCAUCUGGUCGGCGCUGUGAUUAAUGGUCCAUUGUCAGACAUGUUUGGAAGACGACCGGUUAUAAUCUCUAACAUGUUCAUCCUGGUGCUGCUCAGCAUCUGUCUGGUGUGGUCCAACUCAGUCCCUGUGAUCUUCAUCCUUGAUUUAAUCAUUCACUGUUGCUCCCUGGGACAGUACCUCGUUUGCUUCGUAUUUGGAAUGGAAAUAGUGGGUCCGUCUAAGCGUAUGUGGGCAGGAGUUGCCAUGAACCUCUUCUGGAGCGCGGGGAACAUGGUGUCAGCUCUUACAGCCUAUCUCUUCCGGGACUGGAAGACUCGACAGCUGAUUGUCAGCAUCCCGGCAAUUCUCUUUGUGUAUUUGUAUUUUAUCCCAGAGUCUCCAAGGUGGCUUCUUAAACAUGGAAAGAGGGAAGAGGCUAAAACCAUAAUGGCAAGUAUGUCAAAGAAGAAUAAAGUUAAACUAGAUCCAGAUAUUCUUGAUGAGGUCGAUAUCGAAAAGGAAGAGGUACAACAAGAACCAUUCUGGAAUCUCUUGAAGUCAUCAGUGAUGAUGCGGCGAAUGAUCAUCAUCUGCUAUAACUGGUUUGCAGUUGGAAUGGGUUUCUACGGCCUCAGCAUGAACGUCAACAACCUCGCUGGUAGCAUCUACCUCAACUUCUUCUUGUUCAUCACCGUAGAGGCUGCUGCAUAUGUGUCCUGCUUUUUCCUAAUGGAUCGUAUUGGCCGCAAGUUGUUGCUGUGUAUAUCGAUGGCACUUACAGGGGCAGCAUGCAUUCUGCCUUUGGUCCCAGUCCUGGUUUCGGAUACACCUGAGAAAUGGGCCAUCAAUAUCCUCGCUAUCAUCGGAAACACGUGUGCCUCUGCUGCCAUGUGUAGCGUCUACACCUUCACAGCUGAACUCAUGCCGACCACGUCAAGGACAUUUGGCAUGUCAAUUAGUUCUGUGUGCUGUAGAGUCGGAAGUCUACUCUCUCCAUAUAUUGUUGACCUGACACUGCAUGUAUCAGGGCGGUUUGGUCAGAUUCUCCCAAUGCUGAUAUUCGGGGGUAUCACAAUCCUGGCGGCACUUCUGGCUCUGCUCCUCCCGGAAACGCUGAAUAAGAGGCUACCGGAAACCAUCAAGGAAGCUGAGAUGCUCGGGACGAGCGCGUACGACAAAGAUGUCACAGGCACAUCUCCAGUUGAACUAAUUCCACUUGGAUCUGAGGAGAAAGAUGGCCAAGCUGAAAAUACAUACAUAAGAAAUGACGUACAUGGAAAAGAUCCAGUUUCAAAAGAUGGUUUGCUUGCGUGAAGAGAAAACAUAGCUGUAUAUAGAACAGUAUAAGCUUCAUCUGUUUGUCAAUGUCGUUAUACGUUUAUGGAACGUAUGAUAUCUGAAUCUGUGAGUGGAACGCAGAAUCUGUGUGUAUAAUUGUUUCCUGCACUUAGGGAACUCAGAUGGCAGCCUCUUAAUUUCUUUCACUUCACCGGGCAAUCCUUCAAUGCCCUUUGCUACAGCAAAUAGAUUCAAGCAUCAGGUGCACACAUUACAAUGAAACGAGGUUGCUUGAGCUUCAUCUUCUGAAGAAAACGAUUCGUGUGAACGUUUUUUUAAGUGGGGGUGCUAUGGUAGAAAAAUAUGAUUCACCCUCCUAGCUCCCCACCCACCGUGGAGCGUCAGCAAGGACGACCCCUCAUGCUUUCUGGGUCUCCAACAAUCGACACCAGGGAUACCAGGAGGAUAUACUCGACCAGGAAAAUAUCUCGAAAAGAUAAGUCCUACCGGAUUGCCCCAUGAACAACCGCCUUCUGGCAUAGGACUAUCGGCACGUUAACAAUUCAAUAAUUAUGUUUUCAACAAACAUUUCCAUGGCUUGGUGUGACCAGCUGUUUGAUAGGACUGGGCCCAUUCUCAGGUCAAGCUCGACGUGGUGUAUUGAGCAAAGGACAGGAACCAGUGCACUCAACCACCAGAAUCCCGUCCUCCACCGACAGCCAUCAGGUUGCCCAUUUCGGUCGCCUUGUACGACCAUAAAUGGGCUGGUGACCACCUAUUGUACCCCGGGUCAACACGGGGAAAGAGCUAUUAGCGUUACCCAGCACUUACCACGAGGAAUGUGCUCUUCACGAUUUCCUAUUUACCAAAGAAAAUGGCUUCAGGAAUUGUUUACAAACAACAUAGUAUAGCUGUAAUAAUGCUGAAAUAUAAAUAUACUCAUGAUAUAGUCACAAUUGUACAAUCGACUGGCUUUUAUUAACUUUUCACACACACACGCACAUAGAUGUCGCUAUGAAAGUGGAAUAAUUUUAUACAUUAAGACGUUAAACAUCAUUGCACUUCACCUCCCUUUAUAGCCAAAUAUUUGUGAAUCGUACAUUAACAUUGGUUGUUUAAUCGGAUCAAGAUACACACCCCAUCCAUGGCUCACACAGAGUUAUAAUAUUCAAUAUAUUUCUACACAAAAUGUAGCUUGGCAAACCAUCAAUGCUAGUUAUAUGUAUGUUAAUAAAUUAUGCUUUUAAAGGUCAGGUAGUACGGAAUAAUACAUAAUAAUUGUUCUUUAUUUGGUAUUUUUCAUUCUUGGAAUAAAAUGAAUCAUGUCUCUGUGUGAUGUACAUACUGAACGUGUUUUAUCAGCAACAGCUGUGAUUAUUCCUUUUUUUCUCUUACAUUUGAACGUGUAUAUCAAGAAGACACACACACAUACGAAUAAGAAUCACCAACAACUGUGAACAUUCCCUGUCGAGUUUCAGUCCACAGUUUGACCUGUGAGCAUACAGUGACAGUUAUUCUGGGAAUGAGUUGAUGCCUUCCGCCAUCAGAUGUGAGUAAUUAUUAAUGUAUAGCAUCCAUUGCAUUCUGUAUUGUAAGACUUUGUUUAUGAGACUGGGUUUUGUUUCAUAAUAAAGCAGGCUGGACAUUCGA